AUGGCGCAGCUAACAUGUGUCUUGGAAUCUAAGUUCGACGGUCUUGGUGCGGCCCUGGCCCAUCAUUUAGCUGCUAAAGGUGCUAAUGUAGUGAUCAAUUACACCUCGGACGCAGCCACUGCUGCAGCAACAGAUCUUUCACAGGAGCUUGAAGCGCAACACUUGGUCAGGACUUUGGUGGCGCAGUUCCAGAUCGAUAUCCUAAUCAGCAAUGCGGGUGUCAUUAACCCAGCACCCAUGGGCUCUGUCACAUUGCUGGACUUUAUCGCAACUUUUGACCUCAACACCGCGCGCCGCUUUUCGUGCCACAGGCAGCGAUUCCGUGCCUUUCCAAAUGAUCGAUCGGGUUGUUUCGUCAACGUGUCGAGCAUAAAAACAUCGAUGGGCUUCUGGUGGCUGUCCAGCUAUGCCAGUACGAAGGGUGCGCUGGAGGCCAUGACCAGGGUAUGGCCCUGCGAGCUCGGCGAGCGUUGUGCUGUCAACAGCACCAACCCGGGAACGAUGGCCACGAGCAUGUAUAUAAAUUUGCUGAAUGAGAUGCUUGAGAAGGUGUGGUUGUUGAACGACAUGGCGCCACUUGCCGCAACCAGGGAAAGUGUCGAUUCUGAGCAGACUAUCGCAGCUGCAAAGCCCAUGGGUGGUAGACCUGCAUAUCUGGAGGAAGUCGCUGGCAUUGUUGGUUUGCUUUGCAUGCCUGAGGCCGGGUGGAUCACAGGCUAG